CGUGUAUGGACUCGAUAAGAAGAUCAAAUACUGACAUUUAGAUCCAGUAUUCCGUCUAGCUCAAGAUGAUUUAUUUAAGAAGUUGGAUAGUCUCUUUUUUAAGCUCGUAUGCAGCUGUUUGCUGCAAAGCCUCAAUAGGUCUAAUGGGUUCGAGUCAAGUUUGUCCAGAUGUGCAUGGCAAAAUUAUGGACCCUGGAAACUCGGCGAGAGCUACUGAAAACCGCAUCGUGAUAGAUUUGAGCAGCCCCCUACCAUGCAGAGGGUUCAUUAAAGGGUGGAAGUGGUUCAACGUGCAAUCUGGGGUUUUCACAGCAACAGUUUGGCGGCGCCAACUGAUGUUAGUGGGGGAGGUCAUCCAGUAUGAGCUGGUCGGACGCACCCACAUCAACUCAACCAUAGCCGUCGGUAUGACGGACUCCUUACAUCUCCCUAAAUCGGAAUGGAUACCAUUUGAAGUAGGUGAUAUGAUUGGACUCAGCUUCGACAAACCACCCGUAUCUGUAACUCCCGACGCCACGAUAAAUGCCGCAUAUCUUAUGAAUCCUAAUCUUAUGUCCAGUAAUGAUGUGAAGGUUGGUUCAUUGCUACCCUUGGCCAGUACUGAAAAUGAAUUCUACUCAUUACAAGCAAUUAUCGAGGUUGGUACUCCAGGUAUCUUUACGACGCCAGUAAUUGCGACGCAAGGGCCUGUAUCUGGUUGGGUUACGGUGCUGAAAUGUACAGUUGGAACCGGUAUUGAUGUUCGUCAGGCAUGGUUAAACGGUACUGGUAUUUCCGAUGAUAACGCAUUCAUGUCAAUGGACACUAAACAAAACUACAGAAACCAUGCUGUCCUGAAAUCGUGGUCAUCUUUGUUUAUUCCUUCGGCCAAGUUAAGCUUUUACGAUGAAUCUCAGAAUUUGGUAGCCUUCAUCUGGUGUUCUGCAAAUGGCUAUACGAUGACAACAUGGUUUUGGCAAAAUCUGUUUAUUGGUUCUUCUUGGAUUGAUAUUUCGCCUGCUUACAGCUUCUCCAACUUUGGUUUUAACGGAUACAACGAGCGUUUAUUUUACGUUGGCCGAUCGGAUGAAUGUGACACAGGUGCAGGGUGGAUCAUGGUUGUCAAUGGACAGACCAAUACCUCCUGUCAGUGGGAAUCUGCUGAAAGUUAUCCAUUGUUCUUGUACAGCAGUGACAAAACAUCGGUCGAAUGGGCAACUGGUAAUGUCGGUCAUGCAACAUUCAUGAUCAUUGAGGUUAAUGUAGUGCCGUCGUAGUGACGACUUAACGUGGCAAAAUUAGAUGACGAUUCAACACAGCUGAACGACAUACACAUCAACAAAUAUCGAUGACGAAUAAAUAUUAUAUCAAUAACUAAAACCCCAACAUUGAUGAUAUGCAAACUUUUAUUGUCGUAGGCAAAUGUUGAGAAUAUAUCAAUCAUACAAUUUCAAAAUAUUUUUACAUGCUUUUUAAUUAAGUAAUCGCCUAACAUUAUUUGGAUGUUGAUUAUCUGUGUCUAAAGCUCUGUCUUUGACAAAAACACA